AUGGGAUUAGGAUUAUUUUUUCCCAUUCCCAGAAGGAGUUCACCAACAAGUAUAAAAGGAAACGCAGGCCAAGAUCAAAUACCAACGCACGCAGAGACAGCAACCAAUUCUUGGGCAGAGAGCUUCCCAUCUCUCUCGCUCUCUUCUCUUCUAUCUCUGGUCGUCGUCGGCAACAUGAUGAGUAAGAGGUGCAGGCUUUCGUCAAUACCCGGCAACCACCAUGACCACGAGAGGGUCAUGAAAGAGUACCAAGCCAUGAAAGACGAGAUCAAGGCCAGGGCACUCAAGGAAGAGUGGGACUUACUGAUAAAGGAUUACAACGUUUGCGUUUCUGCUGGUCUUAUCCAACUCCAGUAUGCUCUGCAAAAACUCUUCCGCGUUCGGGAUGGGAUAAUUACCACUCUGUCCCCUGCAAACUUGGAUUGUGUUUUUGGGCCGAUGGAUGACGCCUCAAUUGUGCGAUUGGUUGAGGGCCUUGGAGAAGUUAGCGUUUGA